AUGGGCAACGCCGGGAGCACAGCUCCUGCAAGUUUAGGAGAGACCCAUGUUCCACAUUUAAGAUGGAAGGUUCAUGACUUCUCAGCGCUACUUGAGACGAACGCUGCAUCGGCAGUCUCCUCUGCUUUUGAAUGCUCUGGGUACAGGUGGUUCCUGCGAGUGACUCCAAAGCACAAACAAGGUGUUAUGGGAAAUCCAUAUGUGGCUCUUUCUCUCGAGAUAUACCACGCAUGGUUGGAGCAAGUUCACACAGUGCAUGCAGUAUUCGAGUUGUCAAUAUUCAACCAUUCAAAAGGAGAGUAUUGUGGAUGCAAAGCUAGCUACAACUUUGAUGUCAAGAAUACCUACUCGAAGCCGCAUUGCUUGAUUCCUCUUCAGGAGCUACUGAAAUCAUCUGCUUUUCUAGUUGAUGAUAGCUGUGUCUUUGGUGUGGAGAUAUUAAAAAUCGAUGUCUCUUCUCCUGAAAAGAAGGAUGUUGUGGUUCAGAAGAAGGCUACCACAGUUCAGAAUCUCUUUAUCCAGAAGAAAGGGUUCAUUAAAGGGACAUACACUUGGACCAUGGAUAAUUUCCUUGAAUUGGACCUGAAGCACUCCGUCCGCUCUCCUACAUUUGAAGUUGGCGGACUUAAAUGGUACAUCCGUAUGUAUCCACGUGGUGACAAGCACAGUAAUGAUUGCCUCAGCUUGUACUUAUCCCUGGAUGACUCGGUUGAGCUCCCUUUGGAGUCUGCCAAGGUGGUUGAAUUGACACUAUCCAUCCUGGACCAAAAGAAUGUGAAACACCGGACUGCAACUUCAGGUCUCUGGGUAUGUGGACAAGGACAUAAAUUAGUAUGUGUACAGGGAAUGGGAUCGUCUGACUUCUUUGGACUCAAGGAACUCAAGGACCCGUCUGGAGGGUAUGUUGUGGGAUCGAGCUGCGUUGUGAAGGCAGAUCUCACCAUCGUCGGUUCAUCCAAUGAUGGCUAG